CAUAACCUCUUUAAAACUGCAUGUAUGCAAAACGUAUAAGCUCAAAGUUUUUAACCAACAGUUAUGAUACAAAAUGUCACGACUGAUAGUAAAAAAUUUGCCAAAAAAUAUUACAGAUAAAAAGUUGAAGGAACAUUUUAGCCAGAAAGGUUUAGUAACAGAUAUACAGUUGAAAUAUACAAAAGAUGGCAAAUUCAGGCGAUUUGCUUUUAUUGGAUUUAAAACUGAAGAACAGGCUAUUGCUGCUAAAGAGUACUUUGACAAAACAUGUAUUGAUACUUGUACAAUAUCCGUAGAGCAUUGUGCGAGCCUAGGGGAUUCGUCUAAACCCAGAUCAUGGAGUAAAUAUGCUUCUGAUAGUUCAAAGAGCUUGAUAAAUAAUAAAGAUUCUAAGAAUACAAUAGAAGAUAAAUGUUCAAGUGAAACAACAGCAGAUGAACAGAAAAAGAAAAAGAAAGGCAUAACAAGUGAAGUUAAAGAAGCAUUGAAAAAACAUAAGGAUGAUCCUUUAUUUGUGGAAUUUCUUGAAAGCCAUACAACGAAUAAAGCAGUAUGGAAUAAUGAUACAACAUUAAUAACUGAUCAAGACAAAGAACAUGAGGAUCAUAACAAGGAAACUGCUGAUGAAGACGAUAGUAAAGAGGAGAAACAAGAAGAAGAAAAAGAAGAAGGGAAGAAAGAAAAAAUUGCAGAGAAAGUUAUAUCUGAUUUAGAGUAUAUGGAAGCCCUGAAGAAGAAAGAAAAGAGUACCGAAACGAAAAGAGAGGAUGCAAACGACAAUAAAGGUGCAUCGAAACAUGGACUUGUACAAUUUUUCACCGUAAAGCUUCGAGGUUUAGCGUACAACCAUAAGAAAAAGGAUAUCAAGCAAUUUUUUCGUCCACUGGUACCAAAAUCGAUACGGGUACCGCAAAAAAUCAAGGGAAUUGCUUUUGUUGGUUUCAAAACAGAACAGCAACUGAAGAAAGCGUUAUUAAAAAAUAAAAGUUUUUUAGAUGGAAAACAAAUAUUUGUAACAAAAUACGAGAAGAUAGAAAAGAAUGACGAUAAAGAACGAAACGAAAAUAACAGUGAUAUUAGAUGGAAAAAGCAAGAGGAAGCGUUGAAAAACGAAGAAAGUGUAGCAGAGUCCGGAAGAAUGUUCAUUCGAAAUCUAUCUUACACGAUCACAGAAGAUGAUAUUCGAAAAUUGUUUGAAAAAUAUGGUCCUUUAACCGAAGUAAAUCUCCCCGUGGAUAAAACAACCAGGAAACCAAAAGGAUUCGGCACGAUUACAUUUUUAAUGAGCGAACACGCGACAAAAGCUUACAGCGAAUUGGACGGCACGAUUUUAGACGGUAGAAUGUUGCACAUUCUUCCUGGCAAAGCAAAAGCUAAUCCCUUGGAAGAUAUUGACGAAACAAACUUAACUUACAAACAGAAAAAGGAACUGAAGGAUAAAGCCACUGCAGGAUCCACGCAUAAUUGGAACACUCUUUUUCUUGGCCAAAAUGCAGUAGCGGACAGUAUAGCUGCUAUGUACAAUACAUCAAAGGAAAAGGUGUUAGAAGAUGGAUCAAAAGGUAUGAGUGCCGCGGUUAAAUUGGCAUUGGGAGAAACGCAAUUAGUUCAAGAUACCAGAAAUUUUUUGGAAGAACAGGGUGUCUGCCUGGAUGCGUUCAAUCAACCACCAAAUAAACGAUCGAAAACGGUGUUACUUGUUAAAAAUCUACCUGCUGCAACACCUUUAAGAGAAAUUCGACAGUUGUUUGCACCGCACGGGGAAUUGGGAAGGGUCGUAAUGCCACCAUCAGGAAUUACAGCUAUGGUGGAAUUUUUAGAGCCUUCAGAGGCACGCAAGGCGUUCGCUAAAUUAGCAUAUACCAAAUUUAAACAUUUACCACUUUAUCUGGAAUGGGCGCCUGACAAUAGUUUCUCUACUCCUCCUGCAGACAGGACAAAAGCGACGAACGUCAAUCCAGACGAGAAAACGAAGAAACAAGAAACCGGGAAUGCUACAAAACAGGUAGAAAAAUCCUCAGAAAAUGUAAAUGAUGAAAAUAAAGUUAAUAAAAAGGUGGAAAGCGAAGACGAGGAGGAAUCCGAGCCGGACACCACGCUUUUUGUGAAGAAUAUUAAUUUUGCGACCACGGAGGAACAACUGAAAACGUAUUUCAGUAAAUGCGGCCCGCUUCACUAUGCCUCGAUAGCGACAAAGAAAGACGUUAAGAAUCCUGGUGGGAAAUUGUCGAUGGGUUAUGGUUUCGUUCGAUACAAAAGGAAAGCUGACGCGGAUCGUGCGCUUAAAGUGUUACAAAUGACCGUGUUAGAUGGGAAAAGCUUGGAACUUAAACGUUCUGAAAGAACGUUAACAACCGACGUGAAGAGCGGUAAAAAAGCAUCGAAAGUGACAGAGCAGACGGGUACGAAGAUCCUAAUAAGGAACGUGCCGUUCCAGGCAAACGUCGCGGAAAUAACUGAGCUCUUCAAGGUAUUCGGAGAGCUAAAGGCGGUGCGGCUACCAAAGAAAUUGGUUGGCGUCGAGAAGCAUAGAGGAUUCGGAUUCGUGGAAUACUACACGAAAAGCGAGGCGAAGAAAGCUUUUAAGGCUCUUUGUCAAAGUACCCACUUGUAUGGUCGACGUUUGGUCUUGGAAUGGGCUCAGACUGAAGAAGGAGUAGAAGAUAUUAGGAAACGAACCGCUAAACACUUUUACCAAGGAGGCGAGGACGCGAAGAAGAGUAAGAAGUCUACGUUGAAUCCGGAGGACGUCGGUUUGGAAGUGGAAUAAUUUAUAAUAAAUUUCAAUUGUUCGUAAGGUUCUUGUAUAUAGUAUUUACACUAAAAAUAAACCAUCCACGUGACUGGG